AUGGAAUGCGAUGUGUCGCCGCCCGUUCCAUCGGUGCAGGCGAACCGUUCGACGAAACAGCAACACAUCGGUGCAACGGUGGUAGUAACAACAGCCCCGGCAGCAAAAGGAACCACUAACAAUGGCAACAGCACUAGCAGCAGUACCGCAACAUCGUCAACUACUCUCAUCACCUCCACCACCACUACUACCGGUACUGCGGAGAUCCCAGUCGUCAGCGAUACAGUGGAAGAAUCCGCGAUGGAACCGACGACGACGACGGUGGAAGAUGAUGCGAUACCCUCGUCGUCCGUGGCGAUGGUUACCGGUACAAUGCACACCGCGGAAGGCGAUAUCGCCGACAUCAGGAAAAGCAAUAACAGUAACAAUAAUAGUAGAAAGACACACAGUCUUGCCGGCAGCAGUUCCUCCUCGGAAGCACCGGUUGCGGUGAUCGAAAUCAGCGAUCACAGUACGGCGGACGACAUUAGCUAUCCGGAGCUGGUCUCCUGCGUCGAUUCCGACAUCAACUGUGUGGUGCUGUCGGAUGAGUACGACACGUCGUUACCCUUGCGGGAAGAUGAUCCACUAAACAUUUCUACCGGUUCGAUCGAUAUGCUCUCCUCGUCUCAGUGCAGUACACCAGUGCCGCCAAUUUCGGCCACCAUGGUAACAGAGGCUAACACGUCCAGGCAGACAAGGAUAGCGACACCAACGAACACACCGAAGCAUAAUCAUCAUCUGCGUCGAAAUCUGCCCCGACUAGCGACUAGUCGGCAGCAAACGGUGACAGUGAAGCAACCUCAGUCGGGUGCUGGAAGUCGUGGCGGUGUGGCUUCGGCGACGGAAAAGCGGCAACUUCGACAGACAACGGUUGAGGGCAGUGGUGGUGCCGCAUCGACAAUGCGCGAAGUGCUCGCAUCCAUACCCGGGUUUAGCAUCAAGCCGCGAAGGCGCACGAACAAGAAGCUUUCGACCGCGGCUCAGCUCGAGCAAACGCGCGAAGGUUGCGUGGAUCUGGAGACGCCCGAUUCGAUUUUGGUGCACACGAACCUGCGCGCCCUGUUGAACAGGGAAACUUUCCAGCUGUUGCCACCGCUGUAUCAGUACAAGCUCGUUCAGUUGCUACCACCGGUCGAUCGGCCACCGUUACCCGAUGCGGGCCAGUGCGAACGUAACGGGAUCCGGUUGAAUCCAUCCGGUUUGAACAACGAAUUCUAUGCCCGGGCGUGCCAUGAAUGGCGCGAUCGGUUGGCGGAGGGUGAGUUUACACCGGAGGCGCAGCUAAAAAUGCGAUCGGAAGCGGAACGGGAGAAAAGUAAACUCGAUCCGUGGAAGCUAAAACACUUUGAACCGAUGUGGGGUGAUCGAAAGUAUGCUGGGUCGUUUUUUGGUGCAGCAGGGACAGUAGCUAAUCCGACACCACCGACACCACCACCGGUACCGGUAACAACGAUACCACCAGGGCCACCAUUGCCAUCUUCUUCACAACCACCCGUAGUAGAUGUAAUACUGGCGCAACAGUCAGCACCGGUACCGCAGACACCUCUAGUAGCCGCAAGCACUAUAGCUCCCACGGUUUCCAUAGUGCCACUAUCAAAAGCUGUUGCUAGUGGCAGUGCUACAAUCGUUACCGUGGCACGGCAAACGCAACCACCGGUUGCUGCUGCUCUCGCAUUACAUCCGCCCAGAGUACAUCCCGUCACGGCGAAGGUCGAUCCGAACGCGCGGUCCAUAGGUAAAAUGCAGGCUAUAACGUUUUCCACUGCGGCCGGUGUUAGACCGACGAACGUGGCCAGUAGUAGUAGCAUUAGCAGUAACACAAUCAUCACGUCCUCCACCGGAACAAUCAUAUUACCCUCGCGGACGACAAUAACAGUCACUUCCGGCAAUGCGUCGAAAAAUGGCGCUAGCGGUAGUGGCGGAAUGCUUAGAGGUAAUGUUGGAACCGGUGCCGGAGUUGUUGGUGGAUCGAACAGCGGGCUUACCGUGGUGCCGAUUAAUAUCCUAACGGGCGGUACUGGCAGUAGUAGCGCUGGUUCCAGUGCUGUGCAUACGAAUCGACCUGCUCUUAAGACCACGAUAAAGUUGCGACCAACGACAGCCAUCGCUACGAGUACAACCGCGGCGUCACCGUUUGGUGAAGGAAGCAAACAACAUCCAUAUUCCUUGGGUGCUCCUUCCGCGACGAAUGCGUCGGUCGUGAUUGGAACGUCGACGACGGCGGCUGUCGGAGGGACCAAACGAAUAUUACCAUCGGCUAUGAGUGUUAGUAGUAGUAGCAGCAGUACCGCAAUUAGCAGUACCAACUCGGUUGAUCUGAGCAGCACGACGACAUCUAUGAAUCUGCAAAACACCGGUUCGUUGCCGAUGUCGCCUAAACGGCUCCGUACGGUUGGGGCCGUGACAAGGUCGGCUCUGGCCGGUACGGGUACAACACAGCUGCUGCCCUCAUCCCAGCAUAACCCACUCCCAACAACGACCACGGCCAUAUCGGCAGGAUCUACAAUUACACUCGGUUCCCGCCCGGUGGUAGUGAAGGUAGUAGAACCGUAUCGUCCCUCCGCGAUGGUUCGUGCUGUCCCGGUUGAUCCGGCAAUUGCAGGUGUAGCAAGUGCGGCAAACCUAAAGCGAACUCACAACAGCCGAGCGUUGACGCCCGAACUAAGUAGCAAUAAAAUGUCGAAGCGGAAAACGGACGAUAACGAUGGUGUUGUUGCUGCCGGCGGUCUGCACCAAAUCAACAGCAGCAGUUGUGGAAGUUUUGCCGGCACCAGUUUGCACAGCAAUCCGCGACGAAUGGUGGCUGUUGUAACCGGUACCGCAACCGGCGAUGGGAACAGUGCCAGCAGUAGUACCAGCAUCAGCAGCAGCAACGCCGCAAUGUAUAUAAGCAGUAAUAAUAGUAUCAAUCGCCUUAUCACCGCCACCAGCAGCACAACAAUGCCCGCCACUUCCACCGACAGCCGAAGGAGCAGUAGUAGUGGCAGUGGAAGCAGUAAAAGAAGCAUCAGUAGCAGUAAUAGCGCUGGUGGCAAUAGCAAUAGCAAUAGUAGUAGGAUAAAUAUUAGUUGUAGUAGCACCACUAGUACCAUUAACUCGGAGGGUUUACUAAUCAUCAAUCCUACCACCAGUAACAACACCACCACCACGACGGCUACCGGCAUCUUACUACAGUCAGGUGUGAAAGGACAAAGACAAGAGGAAUGUGAUACGCGAAAGACGCCAAUCGAUGGCCGGAUAGCGUACCAUGAUGCAUCAGCGAAUGAGAAGCGCCGCCGAGGGCUUACGAAUCAGGCUAUUCCACCGGUGGCGGCAAUGGUUGGUCCGUCUAAAAGAAGAGUACCACGGCAAGGUCACAAAACUAACAGAAAUCGUCCCAGCAGUGGAUUGCUGACAUCAUCCGCGACCCCAACAACAACGAUCACGAUCGUUGAUGAUGAUGUGGAUGGACCGUCACGGAUGAUCGUCGGUCAAGGGGAGGAAGAGGACAGUCAUGAGGUUGACGAUGGACAGACUCCAGCAGUGCUACGAAGAAGAAUCGUAGGACCGAUGGUGAAUGGUGAUGUAAGCGAAAUGGACCGAAUAGGACGAAGCUCUUCACCGCCGCUCGUACCAUCGUCAGAUAUUAUCCUCGAGGAGGCGAUUGACUGUGGGGAUGUUGUGGACAAUAGUGGUGAGCAACAUUCUGCGGCUGGGAUACGGCUGAAGGGCGAUCCAACUGUUGCGAACUCUUCUCCAACAUUGCAAGAAACAGUCGAGCAGCAAAAUAUGAAUACUCGCGAACGACUUAUGAAUCUUAACCAUCUACACUCGAUAAGCGAUAGCGGUGGAACGACCCAAAUGAUUUACGAUCAAAAUACUGGUCAGGUCUACAGUGUCAUGUGUUUACCGCAGCCAGCAAAUUCCACUCACGGUAGUACCGGUGGCUUAAGUCUCCGAUCGCUGCCAUCUUCGUUGACCGUGACGGCUUUGCCGCAACAACAACAACAACAUCCGCCUCAGCAACAACCGCAGCUAUCUAUUUCAAACGAUAGCAGUAAUAGUAGCAGCGUUUCUACCACCGCCAUGAUGGCAGCGAGUGACAAUCAUCUGGAUGGCGGUGCAGUUGGUGGAGCUGGGGUGGGGAAUUGUUCCGGACCGAUUGUAAGUACGUUCGAGAACGUGCUCCGUCAGAAUGUGGUGGAAGGUGGUGGUUCCGAUUUGUUAAUGAUCAAUCAGGGCAAUCAGCAAAGCAAUGUCGGGUUGCAAACGACACGCCGAGAGGAUAAUAGUAUUGCGACAGGUGUGGAAGUUUUUGGUAUGAAAGAGGAACGGGCCGACGAUGAGGAAGACGAGGAGGAGGAAGAUGAUGAAGGUGAUGGGGAGCAGGUCCAUACCACUACCACUACGACCAACACUGCCGACGAAGAAGAGGAGGAGGAAGAGGAGGAAGAGGAGGAGGACAUAGGAGAGCAGUUGGAGGAAGAAAACGGUGCGGAUGAUCCGGAAGGACACGAAAGCGAGAUUAUUCGGCAAGGUUUACAAAUGCAUGAGGAUCUGGAUGUGCAUUGCGAGGUUGACGAGAACAACACUCCAGGCGAGUGUUUCAAUGGUGAACUAAUCAGAACCGCUUCAGGUGUCGCAAUCAGCAGUAAGUUAGGUAGUUACGGGCAGGCGAAUCUACAGCACCUACACCUGCACCAGCAGCAUCACAAUAAUCAUCUGCAUGCGCAUCACCGCCAUCAGACAGCAGUUGGUGGUGGUAUGUUGAAUAUGAAUUUGACUGGAUUUCAUCACGACCAUGAGCAUCUGCACCAGCAACAGCAGCAGUUGCAGCAACUGCAGAGUAAUGCUGCCAUUAGCUCACCAUCCGGAUCCUCAGAGCAAGGGCUCAUGAUGAUGGUGACGGCAACCGGGGACGGGAGUGAGGAUCCGGCUGGGCUGUCAUCGAACAGCGGUGACGUGAUGGUGAUGACGAGCAACUACUGUGAUAAUCUGUCCGCCGCCGAUGAAGCUGACGGCGAGGACGAAGAAGAGGAAGACGAGAAUGAGCAAUGUGACAUGCUGGUCGAGGGCCGUCGAGAAUUUCAUGAGGAUGAGGAGCAGAGAGAUGACCAUGAUCAUCACCACGAUCGACUGCUGCUGGAUGCGGGCAGUAUUGGCAUUGGCAUGGAGGAGGAAGCAGUGGGCACGAUCGUGGAUCAGUACGGGAAUCAUCACCAUCCGAGCCAUCUGAACCAUCACGGUGUUAUUGUACCGCAAGAUGGUUCAGAAGUUGAGGAGGAAGAGGAGGAGGAGGACGUGGAAGAGGCCAACUUCGUGCUAGAUCAGAUGCAGCAGCUACAGCAACAGUUUCAUCUUGCUGGUGGACAGAAUCAACAUCUGCAGCAAGACUUGCUGCAGAACCACCAAUCGCUGGUGACGUCUUCUGGCGGUAUUGGUACGGGGGGAGAUGACGCGCAGAUGCAUCUAUUCCACGGAGCGGGAGGUAUGUUGCUGGAAGGUAGCGAUGGGCUUGUAACUGACAGCCAGCAGGGUUGUGUGGAGGAGAGUUGUGACGGCGAAGAACAAACAGAGCAUCCACAGCAUCAUCAGCAGCAGCAGACACAACUGGGCGUUCAGGGAGAAGAUGAGGCUCAAGAUGGUCAACAGAUGUUGCAGCAGCAACAGCAAGCAUCUGUUCAACAUCAACAGCAUCCAUAUGCAAAUAAUCAUCAACAUCAGCUAGUUGAAAAGUAUAUCGACGAGAUGGAUACAAUCGGUAGUACUGGUGCAAACAUUGUGGGCGACGGAAGUGAUCCUGGCGCUGGAUACGUCAUGGACACAAGCAGUGGCGAGAUGAUUAGGACAGAAACUGUAGAACACAGUCAUGAUCAUGGGAUGAUAACGAUGGAUCAGGUGGAGACUGUUGAGCAAAACGAUCAAUCAGCGCGCACUGAUACGGAUAUGGGCGAUCGAAGGGAAUCUCCGGUCUUUGAAGAUCAGUACGUUACGCACGACGUUGGUCCAACCGUUGAGAUUGUGGACGACAUUCUCCAAAAGGCAAACGAAUUCGACGACGAUGAGAAAGAGAUUUUCGAUGCAAGCCGGAUCGUUGAGACAAUGCCAGAGACUCGUGAAGGGUCGGAAAAACAACCGAGUGUAUCGCAGUACAGUAUGGGAUCGUUAAUGGUGGCACCCGAAGUAACCGUAAGCACACAAUCAAACGAGUGUACAUUUUCGUCGUCGAUCGGUAACAGUAGUAGUCUGCCAGUGCUGGCAGCAAAACGUACGACCAUUUUGGUGGUAGAAGAUUGCAUAUCGACAAAUGGUUUGCAUUCCCCGUACGAACCAGCAGAACGAUUCGCGAGAAGACGGUCACUAAACGGUGUAGAAAACGUACUGCCUUCCGUACCGAUGGUAAAGUUCGAACCGCGAGCCGACACCAAUAGCAAUGCCCUUGUGGGGCGGAAGUGUAGCAACGAGUUCUUUCACGGUGAAGAUACAGGUGCGCCGGAAGUGGAUGAAGAUGGAGGCAAUGAACAUAAGAGCGCCCAUGUAGAGGGCGUCGAAGAAGUGGUUGCAUCCACAUGUGGCGAUUGGCCUCAGUUCAAAAUGGAAAUGAUGGAUACAACGAAGAUGAUGGUAGUAGAUCAUCAUCAGCUCGUAGACGGCAAUAACAGUAUUAUCAUUUCGCCCAUCGGUACGUCAGGGUCGGCCACGAUGAUACCUUCACCCGGCACAGCAACACUGCAACAGCAUCAGCAGCAACAACAACAGCAACAGCUCCAUAAUUCACAAUCUCUUCAUCAACAUCUACCAACACCGAAUCAACAGCAACGCACAAUACAACAACCAUCCGCAACACCAAUAUCAAUGGCAAACACUGCAACGCUGGUACAACAAAUAUCCACUCACAACCCCCUUCAGCAGCCGCACCAACGGCAGCAACAGCAGCAACAACAACAGCAACUGCAUACCUCUGGGGGUAACCCAGUUGCCACCACAGGGAUCAGUUUUUUAGCUCAUCAUACUCAGCCCACCGUACAAACCAUGACGCCCGGGUCAGCUACAACCGUGUUAAGUUCGUCGCAGCAUCCACAGCCUCCGCCGCAGGGCUUAAGCAUAUUUCAACUGCAGCCUCAGCAGCAGCAGCAGCAGCAGCAACAACAACAGCAACACCACAGUCCGCAAUCGGUUUUAGGAUGCGGUAGCAGUACAAUUCAACUAACAUCAGAGAUUAAAGAUGGCAUUCGCAACAGCAUGUUAAAGACGGAACCAGGUGUGAGUUACACCACAAUUCGCCAAGGCAACCAGCUCGUAACGCGUAUCAAGUUGGAUAGCGACGACAGCCAACUACAGGCUCAGCAGCAACAACAGUCUCCGCAAAGCUUUCAAACACAGUUGGGGAAAGUGAACGUGGUCACUUCUUCUCCUCUCAUUUCUUUGGGCCCAAACAGUCAAGACAAUCUGACGCGCGUAAUCGAGAGUGUUGCUGGGAAUUAUUCUUCCGUCGCUGUUAGUGGUCAGCAGCUUGGAACCGCACAGCAACAGCAGCAACAGCAACAGAUUGUCACAAAUCAGCAACAACCGCAAUUAAUACAGCACGUACAGACUGCGUCCGGACAUCAGCUGCGGUACGAAAUGGAUCCGACGGUAAUGCAGCAGCAACAGCAAUCUUCGUCUCCGGCUCAACAGCAUCUGAUACAACAACAGCAACAGCCAAAGUUUAUCCUUACAUCUCGACCGUUGGGCGCAGUAGGCGCGUCGGCAGCCGGUACGAAGCUGCCACUUACUGUCCAGGCGACAAAUGUGAUACCUCAUAUGCAGAGCCCCCAGUUCAUCCAGACCCAAGAUCAACAGAUGCAGCUUACGAAUCAACCCACCGUUAAGGCGUUACAGCAACCGAUCCAGCUUCAGAAAAUUAUAAUGGCAACGCCGGCGAUUGGCCAGCAGCAGCAGCAGCAACAACAACAGCAGCAACAAAGACCACGAUUGCCUCUACAGCGUACACAAUAUGGCGUGCAAGCCAUUCAGCAACCGCAGCAACAACCACAGCAACAACCACAACAAUUUCAGCAAAUACAGCAAGCCCCGAAAGUAUCACAACAACCUACCCCAACUCAAUCCCAGCAGCGCUUCCAACAAAAAUAUGUCACGAAUCAACUGAUUCGGGGACAGAAUGCAUUUCUAAUGAACAAUGUGCAUCAUUUGCAGCAGCAACAAACGCAGCAGGUCGCAGGCACUGUUGGAGCGAAUGUGAUCGUUGGAGCGACGAACGUCACUCGAACAAAGCGAUCAAAUGAUGCAACCUCUGGUACGGUUGGUACGAUUGGUGCCGGAAAUGGUACCGCUGGUAAUGGUAAUGGGGGAAGCGGUAAUAGCAGUGGUUCCGGAUCAUCUUCUGGCGGAAGUAAGCGUGGUGGACGUUCGAGCAGCUCGCGGCUACCGCCCGGUGCAGUUAAUCUCGAACGAAGCUACCAGAUCUGCCAGGCAGUGAUACAGAACAGUCCGAACAGGCACCAGUUGAAGGCCCAGCUGAAAUCGCCGCAGGCUUUCCUAGCCGCUUCCAAUUCCAAUUCGAACAGUAGCAUCAGCAGCAUUGGUAGCACGGGAAGCAGCAGUAGCAGCAGCAGUAGUAGCGGUGUUUCGGCCAGCAGUAUUAUUGGCAACAAUACCAAAGAGGAUGCAAACAGCAGCAACAGCAGUGGCAACAGUAGUGCCUUUGGUGGAGUAUUGGGUAUUGGAGGAAAUAAGGUCUCACGUCUCGUCAACUCAAAACGUACCGCUUCCGUAGGGGGUAGACCGCAAUCGUCAAUUGUCGUACGUCAAGUGUAUACGGGUGGGGCCACCGGUGCUGCAACGUCAUCUACGGCGGCUAAUACUUCAGCCACCGCUGCCAGUCAGUCAAAUCCAAUCAGUAUUAUUACAGCCACCCAAUCACAACACCAGCAGCUCCAUGCGCUCGGUGAACAGCUUCAACAGCAUGGACAGAUUAUCAGCGUGAGUGCUGCACCAACGAUCGUACAUGCUACUGCCGCAAGCAACAAUAACGGGACAAGCGGUGGAAACGUUAAUGCUGGUACUGGUGGCACCCCAAUCGGUACAGGGAACUUCGGUGGGAAGUAUUUAUUGGUACAGCGUGCGGCACAUAUAGGAGAAAUAGUAACCCCACGGGCUGCCAGUGCACCACCGACGCAUAAUCAGAUACAAAUCCAUCAUGUUCCUGCUCCUCCUCAAGCGCAACAACAACAGCAACCGCAGCUCCAUCAGCAAAUGGCCGCUGUGCAGCAGCAACAAAUAUCGCACCAGGUGCAGCAUCAUCUGCAACAGCAACAUCAGCAUCAGUUGCAGCAGCAGCAGCAUCAGCAGAGUCAGCUGCAGCAGAUAGCGGCUGGUGCGAACGCCGUUGCGCCUGCCGCCAGCCUACAGGCGGCGAUCACCCGCCGAAUACCGUCCACCCACGUGAUUACCUACGGUCAGGAUGCUCAUCUUAUCGAUCCAACAGCGGCGUCCGGCAACAAUACCGAUAGCGGUGGCGCGGGAAGAAGAACGACAGCGGAAGACGGCACGGGAUCUAGUGGAACGUCGGUGGUCUACGUGGACAGUACAACGUCCAAUGCCGUAGCAGAGAUGCCACAUCAACAGCAAUUCAGUCAACAGCAAGGACUUCUGGACAGUUGCGGAAAUGGCGUUGUUGCAGUGAACGGAGAACCAAUGGAACUGAGGGGUGCUGGAGUCAACGAGCUGCAUACUACCCAGUCAUCUAGCGGGACAGCGAGUAUGUUAGUAUCACCAUCGGGCAUCUCACCGCAUCAACAGCCGCAGUUCAACGAGCAGCUGAUUACUGGUGGUGGCCAAACCGCUCAAAAUAGUGCCGCAAUGAACUUGGACGGGGUUGAUGGAUUCAUCAAUAAUGACGCUGCAGGUAGUCAUCACACUGCUGCUGGGAUAGAGCCAUCAUAUGCCGGUACCACCGGAGACGGGUCUGCUGUUGAUCCGCAACAACAGGAGAGUAUUUCCAGCACGGAGAAUGAUAACGACACACCCAACUCCUCCUCAUCAUCGCAAGCCGCCGGUAAUGAGGCGGAAGAUGACGACGAUCGGAACGGUACAACAGAACCAGUCGAUGGAACUGUUGGGGACUGUUUGUGUUCCCUUAACGCGAUGGUUAUCUGCCAGCAGUGUGGUGCCUUCUGUCACGAUGACUGCAUCAGUGCAACGAAACUAUGUGUGUCCUGUGUAGUGCGCUAG